AAAAAAUAUAAAUACAAUAUAAUAAUAAAAUACUACAAUAAAUGAUAUAAUAUAAUAAAAUAAAAUUCAAAACGUUGGUUAUCUCUGUGGAUUGUCGCGUAGAGGGCACACCGGUAUAGUUUUCAAGUAUUACCGUGUUGUUUACUUUUCAAGUAUUACCCGCUAUUUCUCAAUGAAAUAGAGACAACGCUACGCCGUUAUUUUUAUUUUUAAUUAUCUCGCAUCUUGCUAACACUCUUGCAUUAUGACGAGUUCUGUUAGUACAAACCCAUCAACGUUACUGCCUCUAGAAUUAGUUGACAAAUGCAUCGGUUCUCGAAUACAUAUCAUUAUGAAGAACGAUAAAGAGAUUGUCGGCACCUUGUUGGGUUUUGAUGAUUUCGUGAAUAUGUUGCUGGAGGAUGUGACAGAGAGCGAAGCAACUCCGGAAGGAAGGAGAGUUACUAAGCUUGAUCAAAUAUUACUCAAUGGGAGUAAUAUCACAAUGCUUGUGCCUGGUGGAGAAAUGCCUGACACAUAAAAAAGUAACUUUUUUUGUUAUAUUUUGUACAAUAAAACUUUUGACGUGUAAUUUAUGCGUAUCUGCUACUGGAAUAUUGAAAACGUCUGCCAAGUACUACAAUAACAAUUAAAAUAAAUUUUAAGGACAAAUUAGUACAUCGAUUGUAGUUAUUACUUCGUCGAUUGUUGGUCUAGCGGUAGCAUUCUGUGACCACAUCUGUUUAUAUAAUGCUCUAUAAACACCUUGAGAUUCAUCGUCUGCAUCAUUGUCCAUGGGACGAUACCCUUUUGCAGAAAGAUAAAUAAUCGUGUGACUGUGCAAUCCAGCAAAUGGCAAUUUUCUGGAUAACAUUUGCCAAGCUACGACUCCUAAAGAAUAAAUGUCUGCCGCAGGGGUUAACUUAUUCUCCUUUAUUACCUCUGGAGCGGCAUAUCCUGGCGUCCCCUGAGAAAAAAUUUUUAUUUUUAAAAUGAUAAGUGAUUAGACAGUGGUGGUAGAAACAUACGUGGAAUUUAUCAAUUUCAUUUGAUUCUUGUAUUAAAACAGAACUACCAAAGUCGGUGAGCUUCGAUUGGCCAUUUGCAGACAUUAAUAUAUUUUUAGGUUUCACAUCUGCGUGAACGAUACCGGCAUUGUGACAAAAUUGCAAAGCACAAGCUACAUCCUUUAAUAUGCAAAUUCGUUUGGUCUUGAUCAAGAUCUUUUCGUCUAGAUAAUCUUGCAAAGUGGUACCACAUAAUUCCAUUGUUAUUAAAGACAGAGAAGCACCCUGUUCUAUCAUUAGCACCUUUACUAUAUUCGAAUGCCUUAGCAAAGAAGCAUGUUUUUCACGUAUCAACGUGCUGGAACAUUUUUCUGUUUGCAUCACCUUAGCUGCCACUUGAUCACCUAUCAAAUACAUAGCACGUCAAGUAUAUCGAGUUGUAAUAAUUUGUCCGAGCAAACCAUGAAAAACAGGUUUUACCUUUAUACGAAACUUUGUACACAGUACCAAAUCCGCCACUUCCUAGAAACGUACCAAUUUUAGUGGGAAGACCAUUUUUCAAUAUCAUUUGCCUGUUGGGAGUGUCGAUAUUAAAAGGUGACAGUUGAUUUUUGCUUUCAACAGCUUUCCUAUAUGAUCCUCUUGUAGGAGUCGUUGCAGUUAGGAAAGUUCUAUGACGAUACAGUAUUAAAUUGAUUUCUUUAAAUAAGUGAAGUUUAACGUUACAUUGCUUCAGUGUUGCAUUACCUUUCUUCCACGUUUCUUAAUAUCCUGGGUGAUAUGCUACGCAAUUUUGUUGCUAAUUUCUGAGGCGAGGCCAUUUUGUACAUAAUAAGAAUAACAUACUUAGUUUCUUGGUACUUCAAAAUAUCGUAACGAAAGUAAAUAUUUUUUUUUCAUGUGUCAUGAACUUUAAGUAAAUACUCAGAAGGUAAACGUCAAAGAAUAAUGAAUAAACACGUACGUAACAGUGCGGCAUCAUAAUGAUGACUACAAAUAUUUAAAAUGGAAAGGAUGUAAUUUAAAAAAAAAAACUAUGAAACAGAAGGGAAAUAAGAUACUUUAUUUGUUUGUUCUCUAUAUAAGGCAUAAAUCAUCUGCUAGGAGUCUGUUACUAAUUAUUACUUUUUAAUACUGUGUGAUAACUAGAUUAUUUACAAUUCUUUUAUGAAUUCAUAACAAUUCAUACUGAUUUUGAUAAUUUUUUAAUAUGUAAGUAAUAUCAGUAGUAUGUAUGUAAUAACAUAUUUAAUGUACUAGACAGUGUUUAAUGAAACCCCGUGUUAAAAAUUUCAUGCUAAUAGUACAUGCUUGUAAGUACUGUUGAUGUUUGUUCUUACAAUUCUGGACCUCUAUCACAAUUACAGCACAAUGUGUUGUUGAUUCAUAGCUUGAUUCGUACUUUUGUAUAAAUAAGUAAUAAUAAGUAAUGAGAAUAUAUAUAUAUAUAUAUUU